AUGAUGGCAGGCUCGCCUCGGCCGCCUCGCGCGUCGCGGCUCCUGGUCUCUCUGGCCGUAGCGGUAGGGGUGAUGCGGGCGGCGUCCUCUGCAGCCGCCGCAGGGGAUGCUCCGCCGGGCAAAAUAGCCGUGAUAGGAGCUGGGAUUGGUGGCUCGUCAGUGGCCCACUUUCUGCAGCAGCAUUUUGGGCCGCAGGUGCAGCUGGAUGUGUACGAAAAGGACACGGUGGGCGGUCGCCUGGCCACAGUCACUGUCAACAAACAGCAGUACGAAAGUGGAGGAGCUUCCAUCCACUCCCUCAAUUUGCACAUGCAAGACUUUGUGAAACUGCUGGGACUGAAGCACCGUCGGGAAGUGGCAGGGAAAAGUGCAGUCUUCAGUGGGGAGCAAUUUGUCCUUGUGGAGACAGACUGGUACCUCUUGAAUCUCUUUAGGCUCUGGUGGCACUACGGCAUGAGCUUCCUGCGCCUACAGAUGUGGGUGGAGGAGGUAAUGGAGAAGUUCAUGAGGAUCUACAAGUACCAGGCUCAUGGCUAUUCAUUCUCUCGCCUAGAGGAACUCCUACAUUCGCUGGGUGGGGAUGCCUUUGUCAACAUGACUCAGCGCUCUGUGGCAGAAUCCCUGCUGGAGGCUGGCAUCGCACAGCGUUUCAUUGAUGACGCCAUUGUGGCCAUUCUGCGUGCCAGUUACGGCCAAUCCAUACUGGUGCCUGCAUUUGCAGGGGCCAUGUCACUAGCAGGGGCGCAAGGCAACAUGUGGGCUGUGGAAGGUGGCAACAAGCUGGUGUGCUCCGGUUUGCUGAAGUUAACCAAAGCCAACGUAAUCCAGGCCACUGUGACUGCCAUUACCCUGCACAAUUCAGAAGGAAAAAGCUUCUACCAAGUGCACUAUGAGGAUGAGGAAGGCCAAGGUUCCAGUUUCUAUGACAUAGUGGUCAUUGCCACACAACUGCAUGAUAAGAAGAGCAACAUCACCUUUCAGAACUUUGACCCGCCCAUUUCUGAGUUUCCAGGAACUUUUCACACCACCAUCACCUCCAUAGUCCACGGCUAUCUCAACUCCUCUUAUUUUGGUUUUUCUGAUCCGAAGCUCUUCCCUUUCACCAGUGUCCUCACCACAGACUCUCCUGCCCUCUUCUUCAAUUCCAUGGAUAACAUUUGCCCUGUCAACGUUUCCGGUACCUUCAGGCGAAAACAACCCCAAGAGGCUGCUGUGUGGAGAGUUCACUCCCAGCAUCCCCUGGAAAAGCAGGAGCUGAAGAUGCUCUUUCGCUCCUACUAUUCUGUCCAGGUGACGGAAUGGCAGGCAUGUCCUUCUUAUGAAUCUUCCAGGACUCUUCCGCCCAUUAUUCUCCAUGACCAUCUCUACUACCUCAACAGCGUGGAGUGGGCAGCCAGCUCGGUGGAAAUGGCCGCCGUGGCAGCCAAAAACGUGGCCCUCUUAGCUUACAACCUCUGGUAUCAUGACCUAGAUAAGAUAGACCAGAAGGACCUGAUGCACAAAAUAAAGACUGAGCUGUGAAUCGAGUGGGCGCUGCUGGAGGAGACUUUCAGGAUCGUCUCCUUUAUUGGAUGCAGGGUGGGUUGAACAGGUACACUGGACUUUUAUCAGGGAGAGGAAUGGAGGAUUG